AUGAUAUAUUUUAAAAAAUUUUUUCUAUGUCCAAUUAUUUACAUAUUAUGUGUAUCUUCUUUUAUAAUCAGUUUAACUAACUUUAUUUCUAAUGAAAAGAUUAUAGAAAAAAUAAAUAUAAAAAGAUCAGUAGAAGAAAUAAAUAGUUUUAACUAUGAUAAUGAAAUAAUUGAUGAUAUAUCUUCACAUGACAGACAAAAAAGAAAUAUAAAAAUAAAACCAAGCAAACAUAAAUGGACUUUACCAAUACACUUUUGUAUCACUUAUCCUUUAAAUCAUUGGGUGAUAAAAAGAAUACUAAAAGAUGUUGAAAUAUCAACAUGUAUAAGAUUUAAUAAUGUCUAUUCCUUACGUUCUUCUAACCAGGGUAUUCAGUUUAUUUCUUCAAAUGAUUGUUAUAGUCCGAUAGGAAGAAUAUUUGAAAAAAGUUGGCAAAAUAUUAGUAUUGGAAAAAAAUGUAAUACUACUACAGGAAUAUUACGUCUAAUAUUACGUACAUUAGGAGUAAUUUAUGAACACAACCGGAUUGAUCGAGAUUUUUAUGUAAAAAUAAAUCAAGAAAAUAUACAUUUAACUAAUAUAACAAAUUUUAAAAUAUCAAAAAGUACUGCAAUUAAUAAUUUUCAUUUACCUUAUGAUUAUGGAUCUUUAAUGCAUUUUGGAAUGUUUGAUUAUAGUAAAAAUGGAGGCAAAACAAUAUCUCUUAAGGAUCAUCUUUAUGAAAAUACCGUAGGACAACAGGAAGUACUUACUUUCAAUGAUAUCAAAACAUUAAAUAUGUAUUAUUGUUCCAAUAUAUGUAAAUUUAAAAUAAUGUGUAAAAAUCAUGGAUAUCAAGAUCCUAAUAAUUGUUAUCAAUGUAUAUGUAUUGAUGGGUUUAUAGGUACUAGAUGUCAACAUUACCAACCAAUUCGUGGAUGUGGUUCAAGUUUAUGGCGGGUUCGUAAACAACCUACAUUUUUUAAAUUUUAUGGAAAACAAAAUUGUAUUUACCAUUUAAAGACAAAUAGAUUAAGAAAAAUUAAAAUAACUAUUUUAAAAAUUAAAAUGGAACCUUCAUAUUCUUUAAAGUGUUCAGAAAAAAAUUCGCUGGAAAUAAAAUAUUGGAAAGAUAAAAGUGUAGUGGGUGCAAGAUUUUGUCACCAAGGAUUUCCUAAAAUUAUAAAAUCACAUAAUAAUUAUGUCAUUAUACAUUAUAAUAGUUUAAAUGAUGAUAGCUAUGUUCAAAUGUAUUUUAAAGAGACAUUCUAA